AAUUAUACUUCCGGUAUAUCACUCGCUAAACCUAUAAACAAUGUAGAUGUAUUCUUUUUUGUUUACAUAUAUUUACAAUGUCAGUGAUGAUUAAUUAACUUGUAUAAUUUACUUAAGAUUUCAUUCAUCAAUCACGAGAAUAAAAUAGAGAUGUACUAUAAGAAGUAGGUGUAAGUUCCGCUCAAUUUAUCAAUGUCCCCAUCAAUUUCAAGUCUCAGUGCUUCAGUACAUCUCUUAUUAUUUUAUCUACAUUGUUAUGUUAUCUGAUGACACUGUGAUUAAAAAAAAAUUUAAUUGAAAAUUAUCUACAUCUUAAUCAACCUUUGAAGACUAGAUGUAAUUUCAUCAAGCUGAAGUCAGCCUCUUACAACUCUUGGUCCAGUAUUUCCUUGAAAAUGAAACUAUUUGCAAAAAUACACCAAUGUUUACGGGAAUAUUUUCUGUACAAUUAAACCAGUAAGAUAUUCAAAGCAUUCGAUAAUUGGAACUAUUAUAAUGAUUAUAAUGAUCUUUUAGUUGGGUAUUAAUUACAAAAUUUUAUCUCUAUAAAACCAUUUGAAGUUGUUUUUUUUUCUGACUAGCCAAAACAUCAUCAGUGCUUAGGAAAUACCAGCAAACAGGAAAAUAUAGACUAAAAUAUAGUUAUGGCUAAGAAAGCAGAACGAGUAACUGUUGAUUCAUCUACUGAUACACAGGAAAAUACAGAAGAGGAAUUACACCCAUGUGAUAUAUGUGGAAAAUUAUACACAAAAACGAAUUUAAUUCAACAUAAAUUAAUCCACUCAGUAUCCCAGCUGAACCAAUGUGAGGUUUGUGGAAAAAGAUUCAGCAGCAACAGUUUACUAACAAACCACAAACAAAUGCACACAGUAGAGAAACUAUACCAGUGUUAUAUCUGUGAUGAAACAUUUUCUACAAAAGACCAUUUGUCUUCCCAUGUUUGUAUUCAAAUUGGGAAAAGACCACAUCAAUGUGAUAUCUGUGGUAAAACAUUUUCUAGAAGUGGUCAGUUGUCUUUUCACAAAUUUAUCCACACAGGAGAAAGACCAUUUCACUGUGAGGUCUGCGGUGAAACAUUUUCUAGAAGUGGUCAUUUGAAUAACCACAAACGUAUCCACACUGGCGAAAGUCCAUACCAGUGUGUUCAUUGUGGUAAAACAUUUUCUAGGAGGGAUGCUUUGUCUUCUCACAAGCAUAUUCACACAGGAGGAAGGCCAUACCAUUGUGAUAUCUGUGGUAAGAUAUUUUCCAAAAGUGCUGAUUUGUCUUUGCAUAAACAUAUUCACCUAGGAGGACGACUAUACCACUGUGAUAUCUGUGGUACAACAUUUUCUCGAAGCAGUGGUUUAUCUAAACAUAAACGUAUUCACACUGGUGAGAAACCAUACCAGUGUGAUAUUUGUGAUAAAAAAUUUUCUACAAGUAGUCAUUUGUCUACCCACAAACGUACACACACAGGAGAAAGACCCUACCAUUGUGAUAUCUGUGGUAAAACAUUUACUCAGAAUGCUAGUUUAUCUCAACAUAAACCUAUUCAUACAGGAGAGAGACCAUACCAUUGUGAUAUUUGUGGUAAAUCCUUUUCUACAAAUCGUAAUUUAACUCGACAUAAACGUGUCCACACUGGAGAAAAACCAUACCACUGUGAUAUCUGUGAUGAAACAUUUUCUUCAAGGGGUCGUUUGUCUUCCCACAUACGUAUUCACACAGGAGCAAGACCAUCGUAGCACUGUGAUAUCUUUGAAAACAUUUUCUAAAAGUUAUUCAACUAAAUGCUAACAUAUCCACACUGAAGAUAAUCCAAAGCUAUAUGAUAUGUGGUGCCAUAUUUUUUUAAAGUAAUAAUAUAUUUUAUAAUAAAUAAAUCUGUUUAUUUAUAUCAA